CGAAGAAGACAUACCCCGGAAGUGGAACCAAUAUGGCGGAAUGUGAGAGUCGCAACAGUGGUCCACAGGACCCGAAUUCAGACGCAGACCCUCCCAAAUUAUCGGACUUAUUUGACCGCGGGUGGAAGAUAUUUGCCGAGAUAGACAACACAAAUGAUCCUCUUGCUAGUAACAGUGUUCAGGUGCGAGUUAAACGUGCUAUCAAAAUGUUAGAAGAAACGUCCAGAAUGGCGGCUCAGCUGGACCUGUUUAGUCCCAAUGAAGAACUGGACGAGGUUACUACCGCAGACCUGAAAUAUCUGCUGUGUCCUGCACUCUUAGGAGCUCUAACCAUGAAGCAGACCGGUCGAGAUAAACGAUUAGAGAUAGUGCGAACGGCCCGGGUUUACUUUAUGGAUUUUCUGAAGAGAUGUAAAGAAUAUAACGUAGCACAAUUUAAUCUGCCGGAGUCAGUCAGUGAAAGCACAGAGCAAAAUGUCCCCUCCACCUGCAAGCCAAUGCCCACAACAUCAAGCCUGGCAGCCAUGGCCGCACAAAGACAAGUUAAAAUUCAGCGAUAUAGUGAGAAGAAAGAGCUGGAGGCCAGACUCUCAGACAUGCAGAAAGCUGUGGAAGACGGCCAGGCCGACGAGGAAACCUGCCGAGAUUUUUACUUGCUGAAUGUUCGCAAGUGGGUGUUUACAUGUCUGGAUGAAAUCCAGAGCAUAGACCAGGAGAUGGAAAUACUGAAGAACAUGGAUGGUCAGCUUGGUGCACCACAGCCUGCUGGACCAAGCAGACCCCCCAUGAAGACUUUCAUUCUCACCAAGGAUGCUAUGCAGGCUCAGGUGUUUGGCUCAGGCUAUCCCAGCUUGCCCACCAUGACGGUGGAUGACUGGUACGAGCAGCACAGGAAACACGGAGCUCUACCGGAUCAGGGCGUUCCCAGGAGGGUGCCCGUGGAAGAGGACAGUGACGCAAAGGAGAGGGAAGAAGAAGAAAAGGAGACAAAAGCCGAAAAGGAUGAUGAAGAAUCUUUGACGAAAGCCAGACAAUGGGACGACUGGAAAGACAACCAUCGCAGAGGUUAUGGAAACCGCCACAAUAUGGGCUAGCUUGGUUCACCCGCUGCUGAUUACCGUAUUUUCCAGACUGUGAGUCGGUCAAAAAUACAUCAUGAAGAGGAAAAAAAAUGGACAUUGUGGCGUUUAGCUAUAUUUAUGAUGGAGCUAUCAUCAGAGCGUUGUUUGUUUUUUAGUCGUUUCAAGGCACCGCUUCGAAUAACAUUAAAUCCACAAAAGAAUACCAAGCCAGAUUGAGGUCAUAAUAUUUACACCAACAAGGAGACACCACACUAAAGUACACAAACUGAAAUAAGUCAAAAACAUAUUUAAUGUCAGAAUAUACUCGAAGAAGACACAUUUAAUACAUGACACAACCGCUUUAGAAAGCUUGCGGGUAUUCUCUGUAUUGUUGUGUAAACAAUGAAUUAUUGCAGCCACUGGGUGUCGCCAAAAGCCAAACUGAAAAAAGUGUGAAAUACUGUACUGUAUAUUCCUGCCAACUUUUGUAAUCGGUCCUCUUGUGUAGGCACAAAUAUUUACUAUUAUAUUAACAGUCAGGAUUUCCACCAAUUAAUUACUUAAAAUCAAGAAAUAAUUGAUCUGAUCAGCGGUCAAUUGGAAGAACUUGUUUACUUCAUGUACUUAUGUACUGUUUAUUGCAUUCUUAUCUAUUGGUGAGUUUUUUUUGUCCCAAACUGAGAUGGAAGCGUUAAGGCUAAGGUGGAAUAAAUUGGAAAAGUUAUUGUGUAA